ACAGAAACUCCUCCCUACACAGCGCGUUCCGUCGCUUUCCCAGCGCAAUGGUCUCGUGGAUUAUCUCCAGACUUGUGGUGCUGAUCUUUGGCACACUGUACCCUGCAUACUCAUCAUACAAAGCAGUAAAGUCAAAAGAUGUGAAAGAAUAUGUGAAAUGGAUGAUGUACUGGAUAAUAUUUGCUCUAUUCACUACUGUGGAGGCGAUCACAGAUACCUUUAUUUGUUGGAUUCCCUUCUAUUACGAGUUGAAGAUUGCUUUUGUGGUGUGGCUGCUCUCUCCCUACACCAAGGGGUCAAGCUUCCUGUACAGGAAGUUUGUUCAUCCCACACUUUCCUCUAAAGAGAAGGACAUUGAUGACUAUCUUUGCCAAGCCAAGGACAAAGGUUAUGACACCAUGGUGCAUUUUGGGAGGAAAGGACUCAACGUGGCAGCCACAGCUGCAGUCAUGGCUGCCACCAAGGGUCAAGGGGUGCUGUCCGACAGACUACGUAGCUUCAGUAUGCAGGAUUUGUCCUCCUACCAGUCAGAACCCGACAGCCCUGUGUCUGUCACCACACAGUCUGCAACAGGACAGCACAGGACCAGACCCAUGAUGCGCAGCAAGUCAGAGAGUGCAGGCGGCACUAAGGGGGAGGACUUUGACAUGUCUGAAUAUGAGGUGUUAAGUUUGGACCAGUGUGAAGCCAAGGAGCCGCUGCCCUCUGAAUCCCUGACUGAACCCACAGCCCCUACGCCCUCUCUGACCCCUACGCCCUCUCUGACCCCUAUGCCCUCUCCACCUGCCACUCCCACCCCACCCUCCCAACCCUCCCCACCUAACUCGCCUCCGCCCCCGGCAGCACCAGGCCUGACGGAGACGGGCAGGGAGAGAGGCCCAAGCUCCCCACAGCUCAGGCUGAUUAAGAGAAAGGCUCCUGAGCCUCCCCCUAGAGUCCUGAGACCACUCACAAGAUCCAGGAGUGCCCUUUCCUCAAACAGUGAAGCCAUGUAAACAUACACCAAGACUGCUUUGUCUGCCUUAGCUGCGAGGUAAAAA